UUAAUUUAUUUUUGUUUUGGCUUCAGACACAAACUCUGCUCAGUCCUUUUCCGGCGUCGCCUCAAUAUCAGUCUCUCUCUCUCUCUCUCUCUCUCUCCGCCAUGGAAGCUAGGCUUUUGCAGUCUUCAUCUUCGACUUGCUUCUUCUCCUCCGGUUCCUGUUCCAUCAAUCGACACCGCUUCUCAGCUAUUCCGUCGUCUCCGAAACCUCUCUCCGUCAGUUUCCCUCAGAAGACGAGAACAAGAACAAAUGGUGUAUUAAUGUCGAAGAAAGAUGACGGCAUUGAGAGUCUCAGUUACAAAGGCUCGGGUGUUGAUAUCGAUGCUGGUACUGAGCUCGUUAGAAGAAUCGCGAAGAUGGCUCCUGGAAUCGGCGGGUUCGGUGGUCUCUUUCCUUUAGGUGAUUCUUAUCUCGUAGCUGGGACCGAUGGUGUAGGGACUAAACUUAAGUUGGCCUUUGAGACUGGAAUCCACCACACCAUUGGAAUCGACUUGGUUGCUAUGAGUGUGAAUGAUAUUGUUACUUCUGGUGCGAAGCCUCUGUUUUUCCUUGAUUACUUUGCUACUAGCCGUCUCGAUGUAGACCUCGCAGAGAAGGUCAUUAAAGGGAUUGUUGAUGGUUGUGGGCAAUCAGACUGUGCUCUUCUAGGUGGAGAGACUGCAGAGAUGCCAGACUUUUACGCAGAGGGAGAGUACGAUCUCAGUGGGUUUGCAGUUGGGAUAGUGAAGAAAGAUUCUGUUAUAAACGGGAAAAACAUAGUCGCUGGAGAUGUCCUUAUUGGCCUCCCAUCUAGCGGUGUUCACUCCAAUGGCUUCUCUUUAGUAAGAAAAGUCGUGGCUCGAAGCGGUCUUUCGCUGAAAGAUGAGCUUCCAGGUGGAUCAACUACUCUUGGUGAAGCUUUAAUGGCACCCACUGUCAUUUACGUGAAGCAGGUACUUGACAUAAUCAGCAGAGGUGGAGUGAAAGGGAUAGCUCAUAUAACAGGUGGAGGUUUCACAGACAACAUCCCCCGGGUCUUCCCUGACGGUUUGGGUGCUGUUAUCCACACUGAUGCUUGGGAACUUCCACCAUUGUUCAAAUGGAUCCAACAGUCUGGGAGAAUAGAAGACAGUGAGAUGCGAAGGACGUUUAACCUGGGAAUAGGGAUGGUAAUGAUGGUUAGCCCAGAGGCGGCUUUGAGAAUACUUGGAGAAGCCAAGAAUGGAGACUAUGUUGCGCAUCGCAUUGGAGAGGUUAUAAACGGUGAAGGCGUAACUUAUCAAUAAGAAGAUCACGUUUGUGUUUUUAGCAACCACUAUUGUGUUCUCAAUAGGGACCCAUGCGAAUUGUGUUUCUGAGUUUGUGUAAGAGAAGAUAUGACCUCUUUGUUACCCAAGUUUCAAAUCCAUUUUUGUUAUCCUUGCA